UGUCAGUCACCGAAGACUUGGAGGAGGAGUUGGAACAAUGGCGGCCAACGGCGUGAGAAGGGCCCUUAAGCUAUCAGGAAAAACACUCUUCGGUCGUUCUUCAGCAGCAUCAUCUUCUGGUCCGAGUGUCGGAAAAUCAGCAGGAUUCUUUUUCGCGAAUGAAUCAUCGUCAUCUACUUCAUCUCGCUCCUCACUUCGCAGGCUCACAUCCUCCAGGGUCCCUGUUGAGCUGAGUGCAGGGGUUUCGCUUUUACCUUUACAUAGCGUUACUGCUUCAGCUUUACUCACUUCGUUGCUGUCUCUUAGCAAUCAAAGCUGGGGUUGCUUGUCUGAAGGAUUUGGAACGACACUAUAACAUGGCCUCCAAGUUUUUGACUCCAGUUUUACAACAAACUUAGUUUCAUCAUCGGUGGUCUGCAGUUUCUUUUCCCCAAAGGUUUUAAGAUAACAUUUCUUCAAAGGGGCUUCUUUGUUCUGUUUACUCUUAUACUAUUGUCAUCUUCAAUUUGAUGAUUUCAUUUCUUCAUCAAUUCUGCCUUGAAAUAAAACUACUCAUUUUUGUUAAAGAGUUUUACUCGAGAAAUAUAUAUUGAAACAGUUCGAUUUUCUUGCAA